AAAGUGGUUAUAGAUCAUCCACAAAUGGGUAUUUGGCGGUACAUUCUCCUCAUUUAAAAACCCACAUUUUUUUCCUUGUUUCAAUAUACUUUUUAUUAUUAUAUUUAUUAUCUUAAUUAUAAUUUAAUGUUUUUGGUUGAUUUUAUUUUGUCCCUUAAUGUUUUGUAAUUUUCUACUUAUUGACUUAUAAAGAACUUAUUAAAUGUUAAGAUUUAUUACCUAAUCUAGGGAGGCCCCUUUUUUUCUUGUUGUCUAAUCAAAAGUAGGGUUAUUUUGAAUUCUUGAUGGGGUUACUUUCUUUAAAUUUAUCAGCUUAUUUGGAGUUCUUCAUUUUGGAGCUCAAUCUCUUGAGGAAAAGAUGAACAUUUAAGAAAGAAAAGAAAUUUUUUAUCCCAUCAAGAAGUUUGAUCAAAUAAAUUCCAAAAAUGAGAUUUGAUAAGGAAGAAAUGGAGAUUAAUCAUAAUCAACCCAGAAAUAUAUUGGUUGGAAUUCGAUUCGAUGUCGAAAGCAAAGAGCUUCUUGGUUGGGCCAUUGUUAAGGUUGCUGAGCUUCAUGAUCAUGUUGUUGCUGUUCAUGUUUGUAGAAAUUCAGAUGAUGCAUCAAAGGAAAAGAUAUUGUUGGAUGAUUAUCUAGAAAUAUACAAGGGAUUAUGUGAUAUUAAGAAGGUGAAGCUUAGUGGGAAGAUAUUGACAGGAAAAUCAAUAAGAAAAACUCUUGUAAAACAGGCAAAGGAGUGUACAGCUGCUGCUGUAAUUGUUGGAAUAACUAAACCUGGUUCAAUUGGGGGUAGAGUAUCAACUGCUAAAUAUUGUGCAAAACAUUUGCCUUCAAUCACUGAAAUUUUCACUAUACAUAAUGGCAAAGUAAUUUUUCAAAGGCUCUCCAAUGAUCAUGCAACAGGGCUUCAAGAAGAUCCAAGGCCAAGCUUCUAUAAAUUGGAAAAACCGGGUGGAAAUCAAUCCGAAUUUGGUGAUUCAGAAGUAUCAGAAAUGGAUUCAAAUAGUCCUAAAUUGAACUGCCAGAACUCAGAAUCUGAAUCAACUGAUUAUAAUGAAGAAGUUGUAGAAGUAGAAAAUAAGUGUACAAGUGUUGUGAGUAACAAAGGAGCUCCAUUAAGAGCAGUGAGUAUCAGUAACACAGAGAAUAUAAUGGAGCAGAAACCCGGUUGGCCUUUGCUUCGACGAUCUAGCCUUCCUACUCAGAAGGCAUUAGAUUCUAGGAAAAUGUCGGUAGUUCAAUGGGUGAUGAACUUCCCUGAUCGUUCACCACCCGAUACUCCUCAAAGUCGUAGUAGUAGUACUAAUAGUCUUGGCGAUUCUUCUUCCACCAAGUCGGAGAGUCCCCUUGGAAGAGAAAAUGAUAAUUCUAGUAAUGGUGUAUUUAGUAGGAAAAGUAGUAAUUCGCUCUGGAGUGAGUUACUUGAUCAAGAACCCGGGCUUCCAUUUGAAUUGAAUUUUUUGGAUUUCACUUGGUUCAGCUACGAGGUUUUGAGACACGGGACAUCAAAUUUCUCUUCAGAGAACUUAAUAGGUAAAGGAGGUUGUAGCCGAGUUUAUAAAGGAACAUUUCUUGAUGGUAAGGAAGUGGCUGUGAAGGUUCUAAAAUCGUCGAAACAAGCAUGGAAAGAUUUCUCUCUAGAAGUUAAUAUCAUGUCUUCUUUGCGACACAAAAACAUUACACCAUUACUUGGUGUUUGCAUGGACAAUAGUGAGCUAAUUUCUGUGUAUGAGUUUAUGUCCAAAGGAAGCUUAGAAGACAAUUUACAUGCUGAUAACAAAGAAAAAUCAGCAUUAUCAUGGGAUGCAAGGUUUACAGCAGCAGUUGGAAUAGCAGAAGCCCUUGUUUAUUUGCACCAAGGAUGUUCAAGACUUGUUAUUCAUAGAGAUGUCAAAACUUCCAAUAUUCUUUUGUCAGACAACUUUGAACCUCAGUUGUCUGAUUUUGGACUUGCAAUAUGGGGUCCGAAUUCGUCUAGUUGUGAGACCUACACUGAUGUGGUGGGCACAUUUGGGUAUUUAGCACCCGAAUAUUUCAUGUACGGGAAGGUCACCGACAAGCUCGAUGUAUACUCAUUUGGAGUGGUGCUUCUUGAACUGUUGUCCGGAAGAAGACCCAUUAAUUCCUCCAAAGGCCAAGAGAGUUUGGUCAUGUGGGCAAAACCAAUGCUACAAAGAGGGAAGCUAAUUAAUGAAAUAUUAGACCCGAGUUUGGAAGGGAGCGUAGAAGAGUCUCAAAUGCAAAGAAUGGUCCUUGCAGCUACCCUUUGCUUGACAAGAGCAACUAGGCUUCGUCCUAAUAUGGACCAGAUACUAAAACUUUUGAAAGGGGACGAAACAGUGGAGACAUGGGCAAAGGCUCAUGUAUAUGAUGAGCAAGAAGAAGGAGAGAACAUGGAUGUUAAUGAUGAUGAAUUUUACCAAAACUCAAGUGAUAAGAAAUCACACUUAAGCCUCGCACUCCUCGAUGUAGAAGAUGAUUACACAACGACGUCGUUUAGUAGUGGAGAACGGAGCAACAGCCCUCAUACUCUUCAGGACUCUAACUGGAAGAUGCAGGAGAACUUUCAGUUUCCAUUAGCCUCCUAAUUGUAAUUUCAUUAUUACCUUUUGAAUCUCUUUGUAUAGUUUUUGAGGAUAUUCAAGUAUAUAUAUAUAAUUAUAUAUGCAUUUUGCACCCCUCUUAAUGUGGUGGUAUUGAUAAAAGAAAAUGUGGUUGCUUGGUAAUUGGUAUGAUGGUAUCUUAUACAAUACUUUGUAUCUUAUAAAUUGACACUAUUGGUUUUAGCUAUGGUCAGUUUACUUUAUAAGAUCCCAACUCUUAACUUUUGUGUA